AUGUUCUUCCCUGUUUUUCUGACGUAUCUGUUAAUAUGUCUACAACCGCUUGUCACCCUGGCUGCCCCCCAGUCGGACGCGCACCCAAUCACGACUCAGCCGGACGCGCACCCAAUCAUGACUCCAUGGCGUGAGACCUUUGGUCGUCCAUCGAGCUUCGAUUUCCACUGGAGCUUCAGUACAGCCGCCAUCGGCGACGUUCGGAGCCUAACGGAACGAUUCCAAUCGGGGGCCGAAAUAAACGUCUAUCGGGCAGCGUUGAACGCGAAUCAGGAAGUCAUCGAUGUCUUCGUGGCACCCACAGGAACCUAUUCAGAGGUCAUUUUUAAUGUCUACCACAACGGAAAUAUAGUUACCCAUUACAGUUUGGAGGGGCAGGCGGACACCAGUGACAUAAACUCGGGCUCGGAAGGACAGUUCGCUAUGAUUCCGCUUCCAGAUGGCGCCCAGACGAUUACAAUUUAUUGGCGUGUGGAGCAAGAUUUGUAA